CCCAGCUCAGUUUUAGUUUCUCUUCUUUCGCUAGAAGCCUCGCCGUGCCCAGCUGGGGAACGUCACCCUCGCGGAGCGCAGAAGCGAGCGAGGGGCCGGGCGGGUGCGGCGGUGGCCCGCAGAACCGCGCGCGCCGUUCGCUUUUCCUUCCAUUCGGCUGCCGUCGCGGUUGGCUUGCAGUCUGACACCGCGAUCGGGCUGGUGAGUUCGGGCCUCCCGGCCCAGGGCCGAGCGGGAAAGCGAAACCGCGGGGCUCAGCUAACGGCGGCGAGGAGCACGCGCUCGCUGGCCCGGGGCGCGCCUGGCCGAGCACCGCCCGCGCCCGCGCCCGCGCCCGCGCCCGCCCCCGGACUCCUGUAAGUUUCGAUUCUCCGCGGAGCAGAGUCCCGCGCCCCGGCCCGCGAGCGCCGCGCGCCAUGGCGGACCCGGAGGUGUGCUGCUUCAUCACCAAAAUCCUGUGCGCCCACGGGGGCCGCAUGGCCCUGGACGCGCUGCUCAAAGAGAUAAGGCUCCCCGAGGGGCAGCUCCGCGAGGUGCUGGAGGAGGCUGGGCCCGACCGCUUCGUGGUGUUGGAGACCGGCGACAAGGAAGGGGUCACCCGGUCCGUGGUGGCCACCACCCGAGCCCGGGUGUGCCGUCGCAAGUUCUGCCAGAGGCCCUGCGAAGACCUGCACCUCUGCAAGCUCAACCUGCUGGGUCGGUGCAACUAUUCGCAGUCGGAGCGGAAUUUGUGCAAAUAUUCUCACAACGUUCUCUCAGAAGAGAACUUCAAGGUCUUGAAAAACCAUGAGCUCUCUGGACUGAACAAAGAGGAAUUAGCAGUGCUCCUCGUCCAAAGUGACCCUUUUUUUAUGCCCGAGAUAUGCAAAAAUUAUAAGGGAGAGGGUCGAAGAGUGAUUUGUGAUAAGUAUCCACAGUGUGAAAGGCUCCACAUCUGUGAGCACUUCACCCGAGGGAACUGUGGUUAUACCAACUGCCUCAGGUCCCAUAAUCUGAUGGACAGAAGGGUGUUGGCCAUCAUGAGGGAGCAUGGGCUCAGCUCCAGCGUGGUUCAAAACAUCCAGGAUAUCUGCAACAGCAAGCACAGCCCAAAGAAACACUCCGGGCACAGAGCUCCUCCGGCCUAUCGUAGAGACCCGGCCUACAGAGGUAGAAGCAAGAGCAGAGACCGAUCAUUUCAGGGAAGUACGGAAUUUCUUCCAUCGGCUUCAGCUCCUUCUCCGAAGCCCUGCACACCUGCUCCAAAUCAAAUCGGCCACAGGCCUCCCCCGGAUGACGUGCCCGUAGAGGACCUGGCCCACAAAUUCAUGUGUUUGGGAAGUCAGGAUGGCCCUCAGCCCUCCCUGGUCCCGCCUCAGGCGGAUAAUCUCCGAGGAAGAGAGCAAGUGGGAGGAAGCCAGCGUUUUUCAGACAAUGGCAGCCCCGAAGAUCUCUGUUACGGGGAUCAAGGUAGCAUAUACCUCCCUUCUGAUUCAGCACCUGCUUCCAACCACAAGGGCCCUGCAACCUGGCUCAAUGGCAAAGGCACUGGUGGAGAGAGUUUGUUUCCCCAGAGUCAAGCUGCCCCUGGCUCUCCACAAACACCUGACGCCGUAACCGCCAGAAAGAGCAUGGGCCUGCUCUCCUCGGAGGGCGUGGACGCCGAGGGCAGAGGUGGGAAGCAAAAUGUCCAGUAUGUCCCGCUCUUUAAUAGUGUUGAUGCAACGGCCACGGAUAUAAGUUCCGCAAUACCUUUCAAUUAUAAAAUCGCACCCAGUCGACAGAGGGAAACACCGUUGCCUAGGAAUCGGGACACCGGAACCACGCACAGUUAUCUCCAAACGACUGGCAUAAUUACAGAUGUUGAUCCAGCAGCGGCAUCUGUUAACGGUCCAUACAGAGAGAAGACCAUUUGGGCUCAUAAAUCUGUCCACGGCACACUAAAUGGCUCUAGUCAAGUGGCGGAUGAAACCACCAAAGUCAAUAAAACUGGGGCCACCGGUUUUGACUUCACAUUGACAGUCAGAGGGGAGAAAAACGCGAUGUGCUUUGGAAGUCAGAGUCUGGAAACCCAGGUCCUGCCGACACCUCGGGAGACCACUGUCCCCACCCCACAAGUCUGUACUCAGUCCAAGGUGCCACCUUCCACAUCCUCCUCAAGCAACAGAGCCGCAGCCCAUGCAAACCAUGGUCAGAACUCUGCCCCAAUCUCAGUUGGCCCUGCCAGUGAGCUUGCAAGGACCCCAAGAUGUGCUCCGUAUUCUGCAUCGGAGAGUACUGGCUCUUCCAGGAUGGUUGAUUGUGGCUCGACGGAAAUUUGUCUUGACCAUCUGUAUAGGGGUUGUCAAGUUGAAAGCUGCAACAAAGUUCACUUCCACCUCCCUUACCGGUGGCAGAUGUGGAUUGCAAACACCUGGAUGGACCUCCAGCCCAUGGAGGAUAUUGAGAAGGCCUAUUGUGACCCCCAAAUCCGCACCUUUUCUAUCGGAAACAAAGACAUCGAUUUCCAGAAAAUGACUUGUAAUUUUAAUCCUAUCCGACGCAUCUCCACGCCUUCAUCUGUCACAGAGCUGACCAAUUUUGUCUUUGCCACAAAAUGGAUUUGGUACUGGAAGAAUGAAUCGGACACAUGGGUUGAAUAUGGAGAGGAGACUGGUGAUCAGCAGGCUUUAAGCAUCAACUCUUCCUACCUGGAGUCCAUCUUUCUACGCCACCCAGUGGGCAUCGUGCCGUUUCAGGCGGGUUCACGGAGCUAUGAGCUGAGUUUUGUGGGCAUGAUUCAAACAAAUGUAGCUUCCAAGACCCAAAAGGAUGUUGUCAGAAGGCCAACAUUUAUGUCUUACAAGGCUGUGGAGCAGAUUAAAAGUGGGCUCAGCUGUCAGCCAGCGCAGACCCCGCCAGACCCUCUAUCGUCGACAUUGCUUCCUCAGUGGGACUUUGGCUCGAGUGAAUAUGAGUUGUUAGAGAUCGAUAAUCGGUGUCCGGAAUAUACCAUGAUAAGUGAAUAUUUUAAAACUUCCAUGAAAAAUUUCAAGAUUGAAAAGAUAAAGAAGAUCAAGAACACAAAGCUCUUGAAUACUUUUGAAAGGAAAAAAUUGAAGAUGAACAACAGAACGGAAAAAACUCUGUUUUAUGCAACAAGCCGCAUCCAUGUGGAGUCUAUCUGUAAGAAUAAUUUUGACUGGAUCUUACAUGGAACUGGUGAAACCAAAUAUGGAAAAGGAAUUUACUUCACAAAAGAUGCCAUCCAUUCCCAUAAAAAUUGCCAGGGUGAUACCAAAAACAUCGUCAUGUUUGUAGCUCGAGUCCUGGUUGGAGAUUUUACUCAAGGAGAGAUGGCAAGCACCGGCCCUCCCCCACCACCGUAUGACAGCUAUGUGGAUAUAAGGCUGAAUCCCUCCGUUUUUGUCAUCUUCGAGAAAAAUCAGAUUUACCCAGAAUAUGUGAUUGAAUAUACUGAACUAGACAAACCCUGCGUGAUUAGUUAGGAGUGAUGAAUACAGAGUCAUAAAGGAGGCCAUCACCCUUCUGUUCACUUACUGAGCCAGAUUGCCCCACAUAGUACAUUUUUACAUUUCUCAUCUAGUUAUCAAAUGCCUUAGAUCAGUGGUUCCCAAACUUUGCUACACAACUGAAUCGUCUGGGAAGCUUUUUAACAAGUCCAAUGUUCAGAUGGCAUCCCGUGCCAACUAAAUCACCGUCUCUGGUGUGAGAGCUCGGCAGUGGUACUUUUUUUAAAUCCCAAGGAUUCGAAUGUGUCAUAGAGCUUGGGAACCACUGGCUUAGAUAUAACUGAGAAAGACGGAUUUCUAAAACAUCUGUAACUGCCAACAAGUUUCUCUCCCGGCUACUCUUCGUUUACUGUAGGACAUGGCUAAAUUUUGGUUAAAUUGAAAGAAAAUUAAUUUGGGCAAUUUGAGAGAAAUCUAAAAAUGCCUAUGGAAGUAAGGACAUAAGACCGUACCACCUUGGAUAGAAGAUUAUGGAAAGUUGGAGGGGGGGAGGUUUAGGAAAAUGCCGGGGCGGUGGGGAGGAGAGAAAAGGUAAUUUAAAUACCAUUACAGAUGUAACUGUACCGUACCUUCGUGGUAAAACUGAGUUGGGGCACACAUUUCUUUAUCUCUAAUGUUUAUUUAGGGGACCCCAUCCAGGCUCGUUCUCUGGGAUGCAAUGAAAAGAGCCACAAACUGGCUCUUUAUAUCAUUAUGGCAGAGUAGACAUUUAUAUUCUAAUAUAUGAUUAUAGAGAAGGUUUUCAGGUUGGACUUUCAGGAAGUGUCUGUAUUGUGGGGGGUCUGAGUUAUAGUAACCAGACUCACAGAAGCAUGACUGAUAAACCUGAGUGCUAGUGUAGUUGUUCGCUCUAACAGAUGAGGAUCGAGGAAUUAGGAGCAAGGCCAUCCCUACUGAAGGAUAGGCCCCUUAAGGAGGCGAGAUUUGUUUCCUGGUGAGCGCGGCACCAGAACAAAGAGAGCAAUGCUUCAAACAGGUCUUACACCUGCAAGGGGCUUCUUUUUUUCCCUAAAUAUAACGGAUUGUACGGAAUUGAAGUACAAUCAGUUUUUAAAGCAGAUGAGGUUCCUGGACCAAGAUUUCUUCCCUUAUCAUGAAUCAGAUAUUUCCUUCCAGUUUUUCUGUUCAGCAUUCUGUACCUACGUUCACCAGUUUCCUGUUGUGACUCCUGCCAGCAGACAUGUUAUCAAAGUUAAUUAGCAUUAGAGUUGAUUUUAUAUUAGAUUGUAGAUCAGUACAAACAUCUCCACAACCCCUUGGUUUAAAGGACUCCACCAGUAACAAAUGUAUAGAGAUUUUUUUAGGGCAGGGUUAUUUUCUGGUGGGCUUGUCACAAAUAGUUACUCUUACUCGCUUUUUUUUUUUAUGGUAGCAUGUUUUGGAGCUUUCAUUUCCUGAUCUUGGUUCUCACAUUUUUAGAGAUGCAAUUUGUCCAAAUCUGAUUGCCCAUUAGGCAUCUCUACUUGGAUAUUUCACAGACACCUCUAAAGUAACAUGUCCCCAGUGGAAUUCUCAAUCUGCCUCCUUCAAACGAAUCACCUUCUCCCCUAGUAUUCUCUAUCCAGAAGUCAUCCUUGACUUCUUCCUGUCCUUCUCCCAAGCUGUUCCCAAGUCCAGUUUUCCUUCUUAAAUAUUUCUUUGGCCCCUUCUGAGUUGUUCUUUACUUAGCAGUAAGAAUGGUCAUAUUUUAACUUUUUCUUUUACGUAAUCAUCUUUAAAAACACAAAUCUGAUCAUGCCUUUAGAAUAAAGAUCAAAAUCAUUAUUAUGGCCCCACAUGAUUUCUCCCUCCCUUGCCCUCUAUCAUUUAUUUUCUUCUACCGAAGCCACUCUGGCUUACUUUUAGUUCUUUGGUACACCUUUUCCCCUAGCUCAGUGGUUCUCAAUGAGCAUGCCUGCCUUUUUUUUUUUUUUUAACAAAUACCUUUUAACAUCUGCUUUAUUAUCCUCAAAGUGCAAUCCAGUAGUAAUAUACUCUACCUACACAUGAUUUCAGAAAUAAAUUUAAAAUUAAUUAAAAUUAACAUUAGCAUAAAAGGAAAAUAAAAGUUACAUUACUUGGGCACGGCUAUAUUAGAAGACUUAAUUAAGUAAUCAGAUGUUUACACCUACUUAGAAUGGGCAAAUUUACAAGAAGGUAGAAGAUAAAAAUUGACUUUAUACAAAGUAUGGGAAAAUGAAAAAGCAGGGAUAGGAGUGGACCUUAGAAUAAAAACUAGUGAUGCAUAACUUUUUUGAAUAUGAUAGUACUUAUAAGAGAAAUAUCGAAAUAGCCUUAAUUGAAAUAAAGAUACUAUGCAAGAAAAUCUACAGACUGUCAACAUGGAGAAAAUGAGGAAAUACUCUAUUUUUUGCAGACGAGCUGUAGGUCAUACAGGAAUGUCUAGUGAGACAUUCAAAAUUCGUGUAGGGUGCAGAAUAGUUUCUUAUUGUGAGGAACUGUCCAGUAUGUUGCAAGAUGUUCGGCAUACUUGGCUCUCAUAUACUAAGUGCCAAUAGCACCCUCUCCUCCCCCCAGUUAUAGGGCGACCAUGAACGCUAUCAGAUCUACUCACCCUUUCCAGAGCAGUCACAUUUUUGUCACAUCCCAUUUGUUGGCCUGAGAGCACUCCUAGGUGAUACAAUCUACUUACAUACAAGAAUUUCUUUAAAAACCCAUUUAACACCCCAACUCUGUUAAAAUGGAAAAACAGAAAGAAAGAAAUCUGUAAUGAAACUAAAAGGAUUUUCAGUAUGUAAAUGCUCAGGCAUGACUAUGCUAUCUUUCCGACAUCAUGAAGUAGAUAUUUACUCCUACUUACAGUGAACAGGUUUGAAUUUCAGAGUCGUUCCGAGACUACUUCUGAUACAGAAGUACAGGAAAAGAGAGGUAUGGGUGACUCGAGGAUGAAAAUCAAUGUUAGCGUGAGUCAUACCAGACCACAUACCUUCUCUGUAUGUGGUAAGGGAAAGAGUGCAAUUACCUUAACUGGUAUAAGGAUAACAGAUUGUCUAAGAGGGAAAAAUGAACGAUAUUCUCUCCGGCGAGCUGUAGGUCCUACAUAAAUGUCCAGCAGGACAUUAAAGAAGCGAAUAGCGUACAGAAUAAUUCUUCGUUGUGUGGGACUCACCCAUCCACUGCAGGACAUCCGUUCUCCCUGGCUGCCUCCACUCAAUGCCAGUAAUAGUUCUCACCGAUUAUGAAGCCAACAACCCAUCCACUUCCAAAGUACCACAGUGAGAACCACUGACUUAGUUAAUGUCUAGCAUCCUCAGAUUCGCUUACUUUUACCUCCGUAAGGAGUCCUUCUAUGGAGUAGAUGAGAUGCUUGCUUCCCCAAACCCCGGUUUUUAAAAAACCGUGUGUCCUCCUUUGUUCAUGUUUAGCAUCUCUCCAACUUGCGGUUGUCUGCUUUCUGCAUUAGAAUGUAAGCUCCUCCAGGGCUGAGUCAACCCGUCUUGUUCACUGUACCGUACCUUUUACUUCGCUGAGGGUCUGAUACGUGGGUACCUUGGAUACAUUGUGUUGAAUAAAGUAAGCUCAGCUGUUUACAUUCCAGCCGUUGAGUUGUAUUUCUUCUUCCUCAAGCCUAAUUUGAGACUAUCCAAUAAAGAGAAAUAUUAAUUUUGCC